ACUGCUACUGCAAAAUUAAGAUUAGUUGUAGUCUACUUUCUCACCUCCCCCAACCCACGCAGCAGUUCUCCUUACAGGUUCGGAGCGUUCCCGGAGCCCCACACGCGCCCUACUCCGUGUGACCCUACCUUCACCAUGAGCACUGCCCUGACUUGUCAAGAUCUGAGCUUUGUAGGGGGCCAACUCUACAACUGCCCUUACCCAGCCCCAACGUCGGCAGACAGUGUUGACGUUUCCACGGUGACUGUGGCCUCCUUUUGGGCCGCUGGUCCCCCGGACGACACAGCCUGCCAGCACGAGCCAACACAGCGGGAACUCUACUCCUGCUUGGACUUUGGGACCUCUCGACCUGACCCAAUCUGGACUGACCACCUGUCACCACAUUUGCAGAGAAACAAGCAGCUUCAAGACACGUUGAUACAGAGAGAGGGGGAACUGGCAAGACUACAUGAGGAAAAUAACAAACUCAAAGAAUUCUUAAACUCCUCAUUUGUGAAAACAUUGGAGGAAAAAACGAAGAGACUUCUCUCUGCUCAGAGUGGCGAUAGGAGGAGGAACCGGAAGCGGAAUUCCGAAAUUCAGAAUCUGCAUGGUGUUGGAGAAUUCCGGAACCUCAGUGCCAGUCAGCUUCUCCUUGGUUCUCAGGUGAAACGGACCUGCCGGAACUUGUCCCUGCAGUUCUGUUCCGAAGAGGAGCUAGCCAGCACCCCACCUGUGGACCUGUGGAUCCUGCAGACCUUGGGCCUGAAGGACGAGGACACCAUCGAUACAACAUCCACUGAAUACAGCUUUAACUCCCCCAUUGACUCCCUCACCAAAUGCAGCUCCAUCACAGACUCCUCUGGUGACUACUGCCAAACAACCAAUCAUAAAUCCACCGCUUAUGACACACCUACUGACGGCCCUGGUCAUGGUGCCAGUAUAGGACUAUACACUGAUUACUGCUUUAACACCAACAGUGACUACAGUGUCUCUACAGACUCCGUCUCUAACUUCACUGGACCUGUGCCCUCUACUCCAUACAGCCCUAGCAUAGAAGUCACCCCCAAUUUCCAGACCACCCCUUAUGAAGCCCCACUGCCCCAAUUAGUCAACACUCUCUCGUCAAUUGACCCAAUACAGCCAUUCAGGCCCAUCUUAGCCUCCUCUCCCAACCUGUCUCAGGAUAGUAGUCCCGGGCUGCACCACACUCCCAGCCCGCACUGCCGUAGCCCCUCCAGUCCUGUAGGGGGUGAUGUGACGACUCAGUACCCUGAACUGUCUACCCCACGUAGCCGGACAGAGCUAGCUUUCAGCAUGUCCCUAAACCCUUCCAGCAGCGUCAGACUCAAGACACACAGCUUUCCUCAGGGACAGGCCUUCGUCCGCAAGGACACCCUGGGAGGCUGGAACUUCACCUGGGUCCCCAAACAAGGCCCAUAAGCCUCAUUUAUAUCCUACGGACAGACGCAAGAACUACAAUAAGCUAUGUAAAAUAGCGACCCUGUGUAGUUGCGUAGCAAGAAUAAGCAGACAUGUGCAGCCCCGUGAUUUGUAACAAGAUGCAAAUAACUAGACGCAAAUACACACGAUCGCCAUUUUGCGUUGGUAACUGUGUUUGUGCAUAGGCCUGUUUGAAAAGCAUAGGAGGUAGCUACCUGCUAAUCCAAAGGACGAUGGAUAACUUGCUGUUCUAAAAGAGAGAAUGACUGCCACAGAGACAAUUGCCCUUGUUGAGGUAAAACACUGUUAACCACAGAAAAGUAAAACACUGCCCUGUACCCUUCAGCUGCAUACACAUAACUGGGGAAAAAACAGCCUUAAAGCAGCAGUGCUUGAGCACUUUGAAUACUUCACCUGUACUGUAGAAGAACAACACAAAGUUUACAGAUAGUAAACAGGUUGUAAAAUGUAGCCUGUAGAAGUUUAUCAAAUUUACCUCUAAGCAAUAACAAUGUUAUUAAUGAGACAGCUGCCUGACAAACGUGCCAGACAGAAGUCUACUAGUUUAAUUUGAAUGUGUAGAUAAUCCUACUACAUAUUAACCCUACUUUGAGUGUCAAUGAUGUUAUAAGGAACAGAGUUUUUCUUAGUCAGUUCAAAUGGUCAGUAAAAACUUGUGAUGCUAGCAAUCAGGGCUCAAUCAAACAUGGCACAGUACCUGACCAGUACCCAAGGAAACGCUCCCUAGAUAUACACCAUGGAUACACUACAUUACCAAAAGUAUGUGGACGCCUGAUUGUCAAACAUCUCAUUCCAAAAUCAUGGGGAUUAAUAUGGAGUUGGUCUCCCUUUUCCUGCUAUAACAGCCUCCAGUCUCCUUAGAAGGCUUUCCACUAGAUGUUGGAACAUUGCUGCG